AUGAUGUUUGACAAAGUGCCUUCAUACUUUUCAACAUUGCCUGUUGAGUUUAUCUAUCGUAUUCUGGAUAAUCUCGAUGAUUUUACAAUUUUAUAUUCAACUCGAAACGUUUGUGCACGAUUAAAUAGCAUCAUUGAUACGUAUCAUCGAUAUCAGGUACUCACUACUCUUGACCUUACCGAUAGAAAACUUGGAGUUGAAGGAGCAAAACAUCUGAGCAACGCUCUCGUCAAUAACAAGACGCUCACUUCACUUAGUCUUUGUCGAAAUCAAAUCGGAGAUAAAGGCGCCCACUAUUUUGCUAAUGUUCUGAUCAUCAAUACGACACUCGAGUAUCUCAAACUUCGUGAUAAUAACAUUAGAGAGCAAGGUGCUAAAUAUCUAGCUGAUGCUCUCGCCAGCAAUACUACACUUACCACACUCAUUCUUUUCGACAAUGAACUCGGAGACAAAGGAGCACAGCAUAUCGCCAAUGCUCUCACUAGCAAUAGGACACUCAUGAUACUAAGUCUUAAACGUAAUCAGAUCGGACCGGAAGGUGUGCAAUAUGUUGCUAAUGCUCUCACUAGGAAUACGGCACUUAUUAGACUUGCUCUUAGUGCCAAUAAUAUUGGAGAUGAUGGUGCACAACAUCUUGCAAAUGCUCUGACUAGCAACACAACACUCACUAAACUCAUUUUGGUUCAAAAUGGAAUAGGCGAUCAAGGAGUACAAUACAUCACCAAUGCUCUGAAAAAUAACACGACGCUUACCAAGCUCAAUCUUGUAGACAAUCAAAUUACUCAUCUAGGAGCUAGAUAUCUUUCUGAUGCUCUCUCUUGUAGCAAAGCACUCACUAAACUUCAUCUUAACCAUAAUAAUAUUGAUGCCGAAGGGGCAAAACAUAUUGCCAAUGCUCUCAUCAAUAACACGACACUCAUCAAACUUGACCUUAGCCACAAUGGUAUCAGAUCCGAUGGUGCACAAAGUAUUGCUAAUGCUCUCACCAGCAAUAGAGUACUUACCGUGCUCAACUUGAGCUGCAAUGAUAUAAGAGCUGAAGGAGCGAGACAUCUUGCUGAUGCUCUCACGAGAAAUACGACGCUUACUACACUUGAACUUAGUCGAAAUGACAUCGGACUUCGGGGAGCACAAAAUCUUGCCGAUGCUCUUAUCCACAAUACAACACUUACUAUGCUGAAUCUCAAAUGGAAUCAAAUCGAAGAUCAAGGUGCACAAAUUUUUGCGAAUAUUGCCAGCAAAAAUACGACACUCAUUAGGCGAUGA